GAGAACAGAAAUUGUUCGUUCAGAAAAUUUUGUAAUGUCAGUCAUUUAGUUGGAUUUUGUAAUUUUAAUUUUUCUUAUAUUUAUUUUUAUACAUUUAAAAUUUAACGAAUAGUACAAAAAUAAUGUUUUGGUGACUAUCAAAUAAAUGGUGAUGUCGGGGGGAUGCAGUGGCGGUAUGGAUCCCGAAGACGACCAAGAGCGGAAGUUGAACGAUGAGAUGGUGACCUUCCUGAAGAAGCGCAGUGACCAUGACGGUCCGAGGUAUAUCGCGCGGAUCAACAAGUACCAGGAGUUGAAUAGAAAGCGUCGGAGAGCCGCUGCAGCUCGACGUAACUCCGAAGUGGAAUGUGCCGCCGCCAAAAAGAAGAUCGACUCCGAGCAGAGAGACAAGAGUCUUGAGAACAAGGAAUAUGGUGCCAACCAAGACGAUCGCCUGACCAAAAGGCGCACAGAGAAAGGCCUUCACAAAGCGCACUCGACGUCACGGACCAAUUCGGAACCUGCUGAUAAGUGCUGCAGACGUCGCCGACGAAAGCGCUCUUGUAGUCGUCGUCGCCGUCGUCGUCGUCGUAGCUGUCGUCGCCGUCGUCGUCGUCGUAGCUGUAGUCGUCGUCGUCGUCGCCGUAGCUGUCGUCGUCGCCGCAGACGCCGCCGUCGCCGCCGCUGCGGCUGCUGAUCUUCCUGUCACCGCCGCACCCCGCGACACUGUCUUGAGUCCGGCGUGAUAUUGUGAUGUUUGGAUUGUUUUACUGUUUCUAAUAAAUUAUUUUCAUUGUU